CCCCAUUCUUUUCGUCCAGUAACAGGUCAUUUGACGUGUUGUCCGCUAAAUUACCCCCUUUCUUCAGCUUCAACAACCACCACCAGCACGAGGACAUUUAAUCUACCUGCCCUAGGUAAUCAAUCGAUCCGCCAGUCAGUCAAUCGAGUCGUCCCAAUCACUCUGUCUCCCAACCCGAUUGUUCAUCCCUACGUCAAUAUCGCUAUCUAGUCCGCUCCCGCGCCCUUUUCCUCGAUAGCCUCAGCCUCAGACGCCCGAAACCUGACUGUGAUUCAUCCGACUCCAACCAUCAUUUGUCACGAAACCGCUCUGUGCCGCUCGCUGUCGACGAUCCCUCGUUCCAUGGAGGUUCUACCGCUCGUCUUAGGCAGCAUUGACCUCAUAAUUCAUGCAUCGUCCAGCCCGGUUUACUACUAUCAGAGCGGAUAGCAAUACUUUCCCACUUGAUCCUCGUGCGCGUUGCAUUUGCCCUUCAUUUUGCUCCUGUUAGGGUGCAACACGAUAGGUAGACCCUGAUGUGGUCUUGAUGACUUGUAACUUACGGCACCUUCCAUUUCGCACCUCAGCCUUUCCAACUCCGAUACCAGAUUGAUUCACCUUGUCUGGCCAACAUUUGCCAGUAUUCAUCAUGGCGAACCCGAACCGCCCCAACUUUAUCGACCUACGCUCCGGCUCUUCCAACACGGUCCACACCAUGUCCUCGCGCGGCCUUCGAUCUCCACGUCUGCAUGUCGCUGGCGAAGUUCCACCUGCGUUAUCACCUCUCGAUGCCUUUGCCCUACAGAGCCGCCUGCUUGCCAAACAAUUAGAAGAGAGUGCGAAGAGCGGCAACCGAGUGAGCCGCCUUCCUCCAUUGACCACAGAAAGUCCUCUGGUUGUCCAAGGCCGCUCUGAGUAUUUCCGCUCCUUAUCUUACGACUCGACCGAUGAACAAGAUGGCCUCUCUCCGAAGCAGCCCGCCGGGCUUGGUCUCACCACUGAAAUUGAAACCCCUCAAGAUCGCCCACGUUCCGUGCACCCGCGAAUGAGUCGGAUUCCUCCCACCCCGGACGAGUCUAUACCAGUGCCCCCAAAUCCAUUCAAAGAUGGUCUGCGUGGUCGUUCGCUACAGAAACUUGACGAGAAUAAUGGUAUGUACGGUGCACGCAGGGAGCAAUCGCCCGGUGAUCUCGAAUCGGAGCCUCGGUCUGCGGGUCCUCAAGGAAGUAUAGGGCGUGCAUCCCCGUCACGCGGGCGCUUCCCAGCAUCGCCCGAGAAGCUCACCAAAACGGCUUCAAACGAAUCAGCUAGCCUGGUUCCGCCUCCGCCUAUGUUUCCAAAGCGCUCGUCGAGCAUCAUGUCAGCCCCUCUAGAUACCACCUUCCCCCAUGAAGAGAAUCUCAGUGCGUCAUUCCACUCUCAGCCUCCGCGGAAACUGUCAUCUAGUAGUGCCUUCUCUGGUCCAGUACUCGCAUCCCCCAUUGCCCAUUAUCAGAGAUCGCCUUCAAUCAGCUCAGAAGCAUCCGCACCGCUGCCGCGGCCCUCGUUCAAUUUCUCGCGUCCGCUAAGUCGCGCAGGUACGCCGACAUUAGAUGCGCCGUCCCGGCAGGCGUCCUCAGAUAGCCACCCUUCGUUUAUAUUAGCUGAUGAUACUGCUCAUACACCCGUCAGCAUGCAUAGCGAUGCCUUUGCAGAGGGCUCCGUAGCUGGGGGAGACCCGGCACCGUCAUAUAUCUACUCUAAAUAUUCAUUGCCACGUGGCAAAUCACUGCAACGAAACUCUACUCUAUUUCAUGAGGCUGAAUCACCGUCCUCUUCAUUUGCUUGGGAACCACCUGCGUCAGCAGGAAAUAGACAGGCUCCUCCAUCUCCUCCCACUCGGCCUUCCAGUUCCUCCUCCCGAUACCAAGAUGGUGUAGUCAUAGGAGACCCUCUUGUAGGUCGUCCGUCAUUAGAACGCAGUAAGCUAUCCACUGAGAUGUCGGCGGAUGGUGAGCCAUCUUCCAAUAUCAGUCGGCCAUCAACUAGAGAUAGCAGACUGUCUACGGACAUCCCUAGAGGGCGAACUUUGACUUCAGGCAGCCAUGAUCAAGCUCAACCAAGAGCCCGAACACCUAUGUCUGUCUCCACGAGUGAUUCCGCCAGUACUAUCAAGCCAGCCAGGUCACAACAUUCUUCUGCACCCACCGCGGCCGAGAUGAGCCCAGAGGAACAUCUAGCCAAGGGCAUCAAGUGUCAUGAGGAGGGGUCUGUGAAAGAAUCAACCUACCAUUUACGCCUUGCUGCACUUGGUGGUGAUCCCACAGGCAUGCUAUUAUAUGCUCUGGCCUGUCGACAUGGCUGGGGUAUGCGACCAAAUCAGAAGGAAGGCGUUCAGUGGCUUCGGAAAGCCGCCGAUAUUGCCGGCGCAGAAAUUGCGGAAGAUGAAAAUCAUGCUAAAGAAGGCAAAACCAUUGAUUUCAUGGAGAACAAAACCCGGAAAGCUCAAUUUGCGCUCAGUAUAUAUGAAUUAGGUGUCAGCCAUAUGAAUGGAUGGGGUAUUGAACAGGACAAAGCGCUUGCACUUAGAUGUUUUGAGAUUUCAGGAAGUUGGGGUGAUGUAGACGCACUCACAGAAGCUGGUUUCUGUUAUGCGCAAGGCAUUGGUUGUAAGAAGGAUCUCAAAAAGAGCGCCAAGUUCUACCGUAUGGCUGAAGCAAAAGGCAUGAGUAUGCCUGGGAAUAGUUGGAUACACAAGGCGAAAUACAAUGAUGACACAAGCAGCAUAAAGUCGGGUAAAGCGAGAAGCAAGUCCAAAAGUCGAGGGAUUUUCGGCAAGAAGUCGAAGGAAACUACAUCCUAAAUUCUCCCUAAGGAUCCAUUUCGGUCAUCGUUAUCCGGCGUUCAUGGUUGCGGAGGUAUAUCUCGACAAAACUAGCGUGUAUACCGUGGUCAUUUGACAUGGUGGCCAGGGGAACGUAUCACAGGCAUUAUAUCAUCGUUCAUAUUUUCAUUCGAUAUAUUAUAUUCGACUUCGAGGCGAACAGUAUCGUUGGCCAAUAUUUAUUCCUCUACACGGUAAGAGGGGCCAAAAAGUCCUAGGCAUCGAGAUUUCUUUAUGUGUAUAUUCAGGCAUUCCAUUCCGGGAGGCUAGCUGAAAUGCAGAGGCGUUCAAACAACCGGAGGCGCAACGGGUAUCAGGACAACAUGUCUACAAAAGCAUGUAGCCAGUUAUAGCUCAGGUUACACCAUUCAUACUUCGUCACAAAGAUGAAGAGCAUCAUCGUACUCCGACGGCAGUUGGACAAUGCACAAGACUCUCAACUAGCUAAGCGCAAUAUAAAAGUUGGGGUUUUGAUCCUCACAGCAUUUUAUUACGACA